AUCAUACACCAUCGUCCUUGAGCUGCAAUGGCGCCGCCUUGAGCUUGCAUCCUUCCGGUGUCGUGGCAAGUAUAUGUACAUAUAAUUUUAAGCAAAUAGUUGACCCGAAUGGAUUCAGCCAGAAAACUCUAACCGAGGAAUACAUUAUCAUGUAUUGGGCUGAAUUUAAGAAAUCUACUAACUGUGAGGCUUAUGAUCAAGACGAGUGCAAGAAGGCCUUUAUUAGCAAGUGUAAACUUAGAUACGAGGAUUUCAUCAGCUACUAUAAAAAGAAGACGAAGAAACCUUCUUUUUACACAGAUGCCCAAUGGGCGAAUUACCAAAAAGGCUGGAAUUUACCCGAGAGCAUUGAAGCUUCCGAGAGGUGCUCGGAAAAUCGUAAACAAGGGCUUGAGACUGUGCCCGGCACACAUAGUAAUGGACGUAAAUCAUUUGCGGAGACAACAGAAAUGGCCAAAGAAAAUAAUGGAAAACUUCCUCAAUUUAUGGAAUUCUUUCUAAAGACCCACAAGCUAAGGAACGGUGGUGAUUCACAAGGCCACUUGUGUUCGCAACGUGCUCAACAAAUUGUAGAUGACGUUAUGGCACGGGCUGAAGAACUACAAGCUGAAGGAAUAAAGAACUCGGAUUAUGAAGCCAUCUUCUUGGAGCUUUUUGGGAAGGUGAAGAAGAGAAAACAAAUUUCUAGCUCAGGGCAAGCAACAAGCAUAUCCUUCCCAUUGGCCACUUACUCAUCUGUGGGUCUACCUCCGUCAAUGCUAGCUGGAUCGAUGAAAUAGUCGAGCAACGAGUUAAAGAACACAGCGAUCAAAUGCAGCUGCAACUUGAAAAAGUGCAAGCCGAUUCAGAUCGGAAAAUUGCAUUGGUGCGUGAGGAAGCGGCCAAGAGGGAGCAACAAAUGCGAGAGGAAGCGGCUAGGAGGGAGCAACAGAUGGAAGAUCGAAUGAUGCUCCUUUCUAGUGAAAAAUGGGACAAAUGAAAAAUGUGUAGUUUAGUGUUACUUUGUAAGACAAUCUUAUCUUUAUAUAUUUUUGUUAAACAAUCUAUCUUUUAUAUGUUAUUUAAGGUUGGUUUA